UUGAAACAGAAAUGUUCCAGAAUGAUCUUUGAAUUUGUAUCCAUUCCAUAAAACAUUUAGCAUGUACAAAAGCUCUUGGCAUGGAAGACCACACAAUCUCUAACGAGCAAAUUACUGCCUCUUCUGAAUGGAGUUAUGACGAGGCUGCCUUCCAGGGAAGGCUUCACCUUCAAGAGACUGCAAACAUGUCGGGAGGCUGGGCUGCUGACGUCGAUGACUCCAAUCAAUGGCUCCAGGUUGAUCUGAUUAGUCUGUACAUUAAAGUGACUGGUGUUGCAACGCAAGGAAGAAAUGGAGAUUACGACGAAUGGGUAACCAAGUACAAGCUGCAGUACAGUGACGACGGAAUGAGCUUUACUUACUACAGAGAACCAGGAGAAACCGCAGACAAGGUGAAAUCGACGAGAGAGUUCACUGGAAACACAGACCGGGACAGUGUGGUUUCUCAUGACCUAAACCAAACAAUAAGGGCACGUUACAUACGUUUCCAACCAGUAGCUUGGCAUUGUUGGAUUUCGAUGAGGGUGGAGCUCUAUGGUUGUAAAGGUACAUGUAUAUUUGAGAUAAAUGGCAUUUUGCGAAAAGCUUGGUCGACCCGACAAGACAAUAACUAUAUAAACCAUAAAGUGCCUACCGCUACAACUUAUUAUUUACCUAAUCGAAAUGAAUUGCUUCCAUCGAGUCUUCGCCAUUCACUAUUCCUUCGCUUUUUCGUUCUUCUCUCGCUAUUUGGUAUUGAUCCCGUUUCUCACUUAGAAUGUCAACAAGCUCUUGGAAUGGAGAACAAUGAAAUCCCUCAUGGACAAAUUAGUGCCUCUUCGCAAUUAAGUGCAGAUCAUGCCGCUUUCCUGGCUAGACUAAACUUUGAAGGUGGUACGGGAGGUUGGAGGGCGGGCACAAGUGAUUCCAAUCAAUGGCUCGAAGUAGAUCUUGGUAGUCUUUACACUAAAGUGACAGGUGCAGCUACUCAAGGAAGACAUAGCGUUAAUUAUCUUCAUCGGGUUACUAAGUACAAGUUACAGUACAGUGACGCUGGAGUAAAUUUCCAGACCUACAAGGAACACGGACAAAGCACAGACAAGGAGUUUGCUGGAAACACAGACCAGAACACUGUUGUUUAUCAUGAUCUAACCCCACCGAUCACAUCGCGUUACAUUCGUUUUCUACCGGUAGACUGGUAUCUCGCUAUAUCGAUGAGGGUGGAGCUCUAUGGCUGCACAGGUACUCCAAUAUUUGUUCUAUAUUUUCGAAGAUUUCCACAUAACAAUCUGUACAUGCAUGUUGUAUACGAUAGUCUCCCUUCUAAUAGCAAUCACGAAUCGCACGCGCAUUUGUAAGCACAUCUUCCAUAAAUUUGUUUGGAUGCGAAAGUAGUUCUCGUGAGUCCGUUGAGAAAUAAGGUAUUACUUUAAACGAAAAUGACAAAUUCAACUCGUUUAAACAACAGUAAGUUCAAU